AGUCACUCUGCACUGGGCUCACACGGCCACGCUGUUGGCUGGGGUUGAGCAGAGUCAGGCAUCUUCCGACUCCCCACUUCUGCUUUCUCCAGGAAACAAGCAGCAGGCCCCGGAGCAAGUGAUUCAUACUGAAACGGCGUUGCUGAAGGCGAACUAUGCCACUGCCAGCCCACUCCGCCUCCCUGGAGCCCCGGGGGGCCGCCAAGUGCAGCCGGAGAUGAGGGUGUCCGUGCCAUCUGACCUCAGCGGGCUCUGACUGCCACCUGGCCAGUUCAGACCUGCUUGCCCAAGGCAUGGAGGGAAAAGAACUUCUGGAGGCUGAGGACAGAGCGGACAGCCCAAGUUCCAGAAAUGAAGACCAGCCUGAGGCCUCACGUGGAGGGCAGGUCCUUGGCCCGGCUGCCCUCUGGGACCUGCUGGAAAAGAAGUUUCUGGAAUACCAGCAGUUGACUUACAGGAGCCCCGAGGAACGCCGGGAGAGCCUGCUGAGUCUUCUUCCCCUGUUCCUAAAGGCCUGGGAACACUCAGUGGGCAUCAUCUGCUUCCCCAGUCUCCAAAGGCUGGCAGAAGACGUCUCCGACCAGCUUGCCCAGGAGAUACAGAACGCCCUGGCUGGGAAGCCUGCAGAACAGGCACGGGUUGCUGCUGGGCAGCUGCUGCGAUGGAAGGAUGACGUAGGGCAGGAUGGGUACCUGCUGCUGAAGUCAGCAUAUGUGCUCACGGGGACAGACUCGGAGUCCCUGGGCAGAGUGGCUGAGUCUGGGCUUCCAGCCCUGCUGCUGCGCUGUCUUUACCUCUUCUUCGUCUUUCCUCUGGAAAAGGAGGAGUCUUCUGAUGGUGACGUGCAAGUCCAGAGGAUGUUUGUGCAGAUGCUGCUGAACAUCUGCGGCGACCCCCGGGGCUUGGAGGGGCUGGUCUCAGGCAGCGAGCUGCAGUCUCUGCUGAUCGCCACCACCUGCCUUCGGGAGCACAGCUGCUGCUUCUGGAAAGAGCCCACCUUCUGCGUGCUGAGGGCCAUCUCCCAGGCCCAGAACCUUAGCAUCAUCCAGCACCUCAAGGCCACAGACUGCGUCCGGCUCUCGCUGCAGAACCUCUCGCGCCUAGUGGACACCCUCCCAGCGCCAGAGGCCAGCGAGGCUGUCAGCCUGAUCCUGGGCUUCGUGAAGGACGCCUACCCUGUCUCCUCGGCUCUGCUGCUGGAGUUCGAGAACGCCGAGGGCUACCCCCUGCUGCUUAAAGUGCUAUUGCGGUAUGACAGGCAGGCACCAGGCGAUGCGGACCCCCACCUGGAGGAGCUCGUGGGUCUGGUGGUGUGGCUGACGACCUGCGGGAGGUCGGAGCUCAAGGUGUUUGACAGCGUCACUUACCCGCAACUCGAAGGCUUCAAGUUCAAUCACGAGGAGUCAGGGGUGACCGUUAAGAAUCUCCAGGCCUUCCAAGUCCUGCAGAAUGUGUUCCACAAAGCCAGUGACUCUGUCCUCUGUAUGCAAGUUCUGUCGGCCAUCAGGACCAUGUGGGCCUGGAACUCCCGCAACUUCUUUCUGCUGGAGUGGACGCUGCAGCCCAUCUCGCAGUUUGUGGAGAUCGUGCCCCAGAAACCAGCUCCGGUGCAAGUGCAGUUCUUCCAGCUGCUGGAGGCCUUGGUGUUUGAGCUACACUACGUGCCGCACGAGAUCCUGCGGAAGGUGCAGCGUCUGAUCAAGGAGAGCCCCGUGCCGUCCUGUACCCUCGUGGCCCUACAGAGUGUUCUCCGGAUUGCGGGCAGGGAUUUGCUCUUCACUGACAUCUUCCGCGACUCGGGGCUCCUGGGCCUGUUGCUGGCGCAGCUGCGGAAGCAAGCCAAGAUCAUGAGGAAGUCAGGAAACAGAGAGUCCAGUCUUGGCAUUCAGGAUCCGGAACGAGAACUCACUUGUGUGAUGCUGAACGUUGUGGUCGCACUUCUGAAAGGCUCUGUUCGGAACGCAGUUGUCCUAAAGGACCAUGGCAUGGUGCCCUUCAUCAAGAUCUUCCUGGACGAUGAGAGCUACCGGGCGGCUUCGCUCAGCAUCUUGGAACAGCUGUCAGUCAUCAACGCCGAGGAGUACAUGAGCAUCAUCGUGGGUGCCCUGUGCUCAUCCACUCAAGGGGAGCUGCAGCUGAAACUGGACCUGCUCAAGUCUUUGCUCCGGAUCCUGGAGACCCCCAAGGGUCGCGCUGCCUUCAGAGUCUCCAGCGGGUUUAACGGGCUGCUGUCUCUGCUCUCCGACUUAGAGGGCUCCCUUCAGGAGCCCCCGCUGCAGACAUGGGGGGCUGUGUCUCCCCGGCAGACACUGGAGUUGGUGUUGCAUACCCUGUGUGCCGUGUCUGCAGCCCUGCACCUGGACCCUGUCAACAGCGACUUCUUCAGGAGAAACAGCCUCUUUGAGAAGCUGGCCGAGGACCUCUGCUUGCUGGGCUGCUUCGGGGCUCCAGAGGAAGAGGGGGUCCCUCGGCAUUCCCGGGGUGACACUGUCAAGGCCAGACCAUUUGCAGAUUUUCUGAGUGCUGCCUUUUCAAGUAACGGCACAGUCAUGCCCCCAAAGGCCUGUAGUGGGGUGACCGAGGAAGGUGAGACUGUGAUCAUGCACCCUGGGAUGGUGUGUGUUAUGGUGGGACUGCUGCCUCGGCUGUACCAUGAAGACCACCCAGAGCUCUCGGAAGAGAUCCAGUGUUCCCUGGCGAGCCACCUGCAGUCCCUGGUGAAAUUCGAGAAGAACCGCCAGAUCAUGUGCGAGGCAGGCAUGCUCAGGGUACUUAUGACCUCCUGCCGUGGGGUACUGGCCUCCGGCAGUGGAUCCCUGCAUUCACACCUCAUCCGGAUUUUUGAAAAGCUUGCUUCCCAGGCCAUCGAGCCAGAUGUGCUAAGACAGUUCCUAGGACUCGGCAUUCACCCAGCUUCUGCAACCACCAUGAAGAUGUCCAGUGCAUGUCCUGGACUCCAAGGACCUCCUGACCACUCAGGGGCACAGACUGCGGCGCCGGGAGGGACCGAGGGUCCUGUAGAAGCCGUAGCUGCUGCUGGCUGGGGCCCUGGAGUGGCUCAGACCCUCAGGCCCUGGAGGACAGCCCAGACCGGGAGCACUGCCCUGCAGACGUCCCUGAGCCUCAUCUCCAUGACCUCCCCACGCAACCUGCAGCCUCAGAGGGCGGCCCUGGCACCAUCGUUUGUGGAAUUCGACAUGUCCGUGGAGGGCCAUGGGUGCUUGUUCAUUCCUACUCUGUCUACAGUUAUGGGAACCAGCACCGAGUAUGCCAUCUCUGGAGGGAUUGGAACAGGUGCUGCCAGAGCAUUCCCGCCUCCCGGGGGCCUGACCUUCUCCUGCUGGUUCCUGAUCAGCCGGCAGGGUGCAGCUGCUGAGGGCCACCCACUGCGCUUCCUGACCCUGGUGCGCCACCUGGCCAGGACCGAGCAGCCCUUCGUCUGCUUCUCCAUCAGUCUGUGCCCAGAAGACCUGUCCUUGGUUGUGUCCACAGAAGAGAAGGCGUUCCAGCCCUUGGAUGUCAUGGAACCUGAAGAUGACGCUGAGCCCUGUGCAGGACGGCAGCUUCAGGUCCGGUGUGGCCAGCUGCUGGCCUGCGGUCAGUGGCAUCACCUGGCUGUGGUCGUCACCAAGGAAAUGAAGAGGAAUUGUACUGUCUCCACCUACCUCGAUGGACAGCUCACAGGCUCAGCCAAGAUGCUGUACAUCCAGGCCUUCCCAGGGCCUUUCGUUUCCAUGGACCCAUCCUCAUUCGUCGAUGUGUAUGGUUAUAUCUCUACGCCUCAGCUCUGGAGGCAGAAGUCCUCGCUAGUCUGGAGGCUUGGCCCUACCUAUCUGUUUGAAGAAGCCAUCUCAAUAGGAACCCUGGAAGAUAUUAUCAGACUGGGCCCACGGUACUGCGGGAACUUCCAAGCCGUGCACACCCAAGGAGAGGACCUAGACGGAGAGGCCGUUCCUCUGGUUGCAGAGGAAAGGAUUUCCUUUGGACUGCAUGUCGCCAGCUCCUCCACCACCAGCAUAGUGGACAUCAGAAGUACCUACAAUGAGGUGGACAGCCGCCUGAUCGCCAAGGAGAUGAACACUUCAGCCCGUGACCAUGCCACACCCGUCUUCUUGAUGAGAAACUGUGCUGGCCACCUCCCGGGUUGUCUUCGAACCAUUGGUGCCGUGGUUGUGGGCCAGUUAGGGGUCAGGGUGUUCCACUGCAGUCCUGCCGCCAGCAGCUUGGACUUCAUCGGUGGGCCUGCCAUCUUCCUGGGCCUCAUCUCCUUGGCGACAGAUGACCAUACCAUGUACGCAGCUGUGAAGGUCCUGCACUCGGUCCUCACCAGCAAUGCCAUGUGUGACCGUCUGAUGCAACAUAUCUGCGGGUACCAGAUCCUGGCGUUUCUCCUGCGGAAGAAGACCUCUCUCCUCAACCACCGAAUUUUCCAGCUGAUCCUCGCAGUCACGGGCACCGCGGAGCUGGGCUUCAAGUCUUCCGCCAUCACCAACUUUGGUGUCUUCCAGAACAUUAUCUGCAAUUUCGAGCUCUGGAUGAACACCACCGACAACCUGGAGCUUGCCCUCUUUUCCCAUCUUGCGGAGAUUCUGCAAUCACCGAGGGAAGGACCCAAGAAUGCUGAAGCUGCCCACCAGGCACGGCUCAUACCCAAGCUUGUCUUCCUCUUCAAUGAGCCGAACCUCAGCCCCUGCAGGAUCCCCAAGGUCAUUGCCAUCCUGGGCUCUCAGCUGAGGAGCUACUUCAGCAUCCAAGACGUGCUCAGGAUCGGCCUGUUUGUUAUCUACACCCUCAAGCCAUCAUCCGUGAAUGAGAGGCAGAGCUGCGUGGACAGAGCCUGGGACCCUUCCGUGCCUGCUGGAAGCCAAACAUCUGGAAAGACAAUCUGGCUGAGGAACCAGUUGUUGGAGAUGCUGCUCAGUGUAAUAUCAUCCCCCCUACUACAUCUGUCUUCAGAGUUGAAGGAAGAGACGUUCCUGAGCCUGGGGCCUGACUGGUUCCUGCUGCUCCUGCAGGGCCACCUGCACCCCAGCACCACGGUGCUGGCCCUGAAGCUACUGCUACACUUCCUGUCCAGCCCCGCUCUUCGUGGGAGGUUUAAGGACGGCCUGCCCAUGGGCUGCUGGGUGGAACGCAGCUCCGAGGGUGUGCAUGUCAUGAUGGACAACCUGAAGAGCCACCCUCCGCCGUCCGACCAGCCCCCCUGCCUGCUCCCUGGGUUCCGCGCCUUGAGUGACUUCCUGGAGCACCACGUGCACAUCCCAGAAGUCCACCUCAUCAUGUGUGCCUUCUUCCUGCAGAUGCCAGUGGCAGAGCUGACAGACGCACCCCAGGAUGACCUCGAUGCCAUGCUUCAGUGGCUCCUGCAGAAACACCAGCAAGAGGAUGUGCUCCGGGCCGGUCUGUGCAUAGAGGGCGCACUGCUGCUCCUGCAGAUGCUCAAGGUUACCAUGAGCCAGCCUUCAACAGGUGCAGGAGAUGGCGCUUGGAAGCAGGCCUUCCCGACCAGCAUCCUGCAGUUCCUCAGCCUCGUGCACCGCUCCUACCCCCAGGACCCGGCAUGGCGGGCCCCCGAGUUCCUGCAGACCUUGGCCACUGUCACCUUCCCCCCAGGAACCCUAAAGGGAGCCAUAGCUGAGGCCCCCUGGAGUGCCAGCAGUCCCGGGGCCACAGCUGAUGGUGAUAGUGCUGCAGAGGGUCCCCAGGUUCCAGCCAAGUCCCAUCCCAGCCGGAGGCAGCUGAGGGAGUUCCUGCAACUCCUGCUGAGGGAGGCGCUGCUCGGAGCUCCCAGUCCCAAACAGUGGCUGCCGCUAGAGGUGCUCCUGGAGGCUUCUCCUGAAAACAUGAGCAGCUACCAGAAGCGAGACUUCCAGUGCGAGGUUCUGCUCUCCACCAUGGAGAUAUUCCACUUGAUGAGUAUGGACAACGCGCCAGCGCUCAGAGGCAAUAAAGAGCCUCAGCUGAGCACUGAAGCUACCGCAGCUCCCUCCCUCGCAAACAUCUCCUACUUCACCCAGAAGCUGGUGGAGAAGCUGUACAAUGGGAUGUUCUCUGCAGACCCCAGGCACAUCCUUCUCUUCAUCACGGAGCACAUCAUGGUGGUCAUCGAGAACGCCUCGACCCAACGGGACACUAUCGUCAGCACUUUGUACAGCAGUCUGAAUAGAGUCAUUCUGUACUGCCUGUCCAGGCCCCAGCAGUCCCUCUCCGAAUGCCUGGACCUUCUCAGCAUCCUGACCUUUCUGCAGGAACACUGGGACACGAUCUUUGCCACCUACAAUUCCAACACCAGCUUUCUUCUGUGUCUCAUGCAUUGUCUCUUGUUGCUCCAUGCAAGAAGUUAUCCAGAAGGAUUUGGAUUGGAGCCCAAACCGAGAAUGACUCCUUAUCAUCAAGUCUUCCUUUCCUCAAGUGAAGAAGUGAAAGAAAAAGGAGGGGAAGACUUCCCGAGCCUGAAUGAUGUCCAGCAAAACAUCCAGAAGGUGGUGCAGACUCUCUGGCAGCAGCUCGUGGCCCAGAGGCGGCAAGCCCUGGAGGAUGCCUGCAAGAUAGAUCUGUCCGUGCAGCCCGGUGAGAGCCAAGUGAAGAUGGAAGAGAUCACCCCGCUGUGGGAGGAGACGAUGCAGAAGGCCUGGCAGCAUUACUUAGCGUCGGAGAAGAAGUCCCUGACAGGUCGCUCGAAUGCCUCCCAUCACAGUAAAGUUGCUUCUUGGAGUGAGAGCCUAUCUUCAGCCAUGAGACUGGUGCCCGGGCGGCAGGCCAAGGACCCUGAGUGCAAGGCAGAGGAUUUUGUGUCAUGCAUAGAGAACUACAGAAGACAAGGACAGGAGCUCUAUGCAUCUUUAUACAAAGAUCACGUACAGAGGUGGCAGUGUGACAACAUCAAGGCCGCCAAGGCCUGGGCCCGGAUCCAGGAACAACUCUUUGGGGAGCUGGGCUUGUGGGGUCAGGCGACAGAAAGCCUCGCCUGCUCCCGCUGGGAACUGGACUGGAGAGAAGGACCAGCUCGUAUGAGGAAGCGCAUCAGAAGCUUGUCUCCGUGGGAGGGUCCAAGUCUUGGAAGACAGCAGGGGAGCCUUAUGAAAAAGGACAGCAUUUCUCAAACGCACGCUGGAAACCACGAUGAACUGACCCCACAGGAGCCUGAGAGCGAGCCACAUGAGGAAGCCGUGGACUGCACCCAGCUGACCUUCUUCCCCGCCUUACACGAGAGCCUGCAUUCGGAAGACUUCCUGGAGCUGUGUCGGGAAAGACAAGUUAUCUUGCAAGAGCUUGCUGCUGGAGAAAAGGUGAGCCAGAAGUUCUCCCUGGUGAUCGUGCAGGGCCACCUGGUCUCCGAAGGAGUCUUGCUCUUUGGCCACCAGCACUUCUACAUCUGCGAGAACUUCACCCUGUCUCCCACGGGCGAUGUCUACUGCACCCGCCACUGCCUAUCCAACAUCAGCGACCCCUUCAUUUUCAACAUGUGCAGCAAAGACAGGUGCUCUGAGCAAUACUCAUGCCAGUGUCACAGCUACGGUGACCUGCGGGAGCUCCGGCUGGCGCGCUUCCUCCUGCAGGACAUUGCCCUGGAGAUCUUUUUUCAAAAUGGAUAUUCCAAGUUUCUCGUCUUCUACAAUGGUGACCGGAGUAAAGCCUUCAAAAGCUUCUGCUCUUUUCAACCGAGCCUGAAGGGAAAAGGUGUCAUGGAGGACCCACUCAACCUAAGGAAACACUCCGGGUUCGACAGGACCAUGCUGCAGAGGUGGCAGAAACGGGAGAUCAGCAAUUUUGAGUACCUCAUGUACCUCAACACCCUGGCCGGAAGGACCUAUAAUGACUACAUGCAGUACCCAGUGUUCCCCUGGGUCCUGGCUGAUUACAGCUCUGAGACGUUGAACUUGACAAAUCCCAAGACUUUCCGGGAUCUUUCAAAGCCCAUGGGAGCUCAGACGAAGGAAAGGAAGCUGAAAUUCAUCCAGAGGUUUAAAGAAGUUGAGAAGACAGAAGGGGACAUGAUGGUCCAGUGUCACUACUGCACUCACUACUCCUCAGCCAUCAUUGUCGCCUCCUACCUCGUGAGGAUGCCACCCUUCACCCAAGCUUUCUGCUCUCUGCAGGGCGGAAGCUUCGAUGUGGCAGACAGGAUGUUCCACAGCAUGAAGAACGCGUGGGAGUCAGCCUCCAAGGAGAACAUGAGUGACGUGAGGGAGCUGACCCCGGAGUUCUUCUACCUGCCCGAGUUCUUAACCAACUGCAACGCAGUGGAGUUCGGCUGCAUGCAGGAUGGGACCGCGCUAGGGGACGUGCACCUGCCCCCCUGGGCAGACGGGGACCCCCGCAAGUUCAUCAGCAUGCACAGGCGGGCCCUGGAAAGCGACUUCGUCAGCGCCAACCUCCACCACUGGAUAGACCUUAUCUUUGGAUAUAAGCAGCAGGGUCCGGCUGCCGUGGAGGCCGUGAACACCUUUCACCCCUAUUUCUACGGUGACAGAGUGGACAUUGGUGCCCUCCGGGACCCCUUGAUCAGAAGCACAAUUCUGGGGUUCGUCAGCAACUUUGGGCAGGUGCCCAAGCAGCUCUUCACAAAACCACACCCAGCCCGGAGCGCCGCAGGAAAGCCGUCACCCACGAAGGAUGUGGUUGCCACCCCUGUGGGCCUGGCUGGCCACCCACAGCCCCUGUUCUACAACCUGCAGGCACUGCGGCCCUCCCAGGUCACAGUCAAAGAUAUGUACCUCUUCUCCCUAGGCUCAGAGUCCCCCAAAGGGGCCAUCGGCCACAUCGUGCCCACCGAGAAGACUGUCCUGGCUGUGGAGAGGAACAAAGUGCUGCUGCCCCCGCUCUGGAACCGGACCCUCAGCUGGGGCUUUGACGACUAUAGCUGCUGCCUGGGGAGCUACGGCUCCGACAAGACCCUGAUGACCUUUGAGAACCUGGCCGUCUGGGGCCGCUGUCUGUGUGCCCUCUGCCCGGCCCCCACGACGAUUGUCACCUCUGGGACCAGCGCUGUGGUGUGCGUAUGGGAGCUCAGCAUGGUCAAAGGGCGUCCCAGAGGCCUGCGGCUCAGACAGGCCUUGUACGGACACACACAGGCUGUCACUUGCCUGGCGGCCUCGGUCACCUUCAGCCUCCUGGUGAGCGGCUCCCAGGACCGUACCUGCAUCCUGUGGGACCUGGACCACCUCACUUACAUAACCCGCCUGCCUGCACACCGGGAGGGCAUCUCGGCCAUCGCCGUCAGCGACGUGUCGGGCACCGUCGUCUCCUGUGCAGGAGCCCACCUGUCCUUGUGGAAUGUCAAUGGACAGCCCCUGGCCAGCAUCACCACGGCCUGGGGCCCAGAAGGGACCAUUACCUGCUGCUGCGUGAUGGAGGGGCCGACCUGGGACACGAGCCACGUUGUCAUCACAGGAAGCCAAGACGGCGUGGUCCGGAUCUGGAAGACUGAAGAUGUGAAACUGCCUCUCCCAGGGCGGACAGCGGCCGAGGAGCCCCUCACUCAGCCCCCAAGCCCGAGAGGCCGCAAGUGGGAGAAGAACCUUGCCCUGAGCCGAGAGCUGGACGUCAGUGUGGCCCUAACAGGCAAGCCCAGUAAGAACAGCCCGGCUGUGACAGCUCUGGCUGUGUCCAGAAACCAGACCAAACUCCUAGUGGGCGACGAGAAGGGAAGGCUCUUCUGCUGGUCGGCGGAAGGCUAGGACGAGGGAGGCGGCCGUGGCCCAGGCGGGGCAGAAGGGGCACAGGUGGGCAGGGCCUGGGCAGCUGUGUCGUGCCCCUGCCUCCUGCUGUGGCUCCCACCCCAUGGCUCCCUUCCAGGCCAGGGGCUUCUGUGGGUCAGAGCUGUGCACCCCCAUGCUCUUCCCAGGGCCCCUUGGAAUUCUCUGGGAAGCAGCAAGCGGCACCCUGGAAGCUAUGGCUUGCAGGCACCAAGCCGUAUGUGCACUUGCACGUAACCCGCCCGACCGAGGGCUCAUCGCACUGGAGGUGCAAACAGAGCUGCCUCCUGAGAGCCUGUGGGAAGACGGCACUGUACGCGGUGGAUUAAAGUGACAAUGACCCCA